ACUUUUCCAUGAUCAAUCCUUCUAUGUAUUUCUAUUAACUUCUGUUCUGUGUCAAACUUACAAACCAAUUCCUUUGUUUGUACAUAGUCAGUUUCACUUUUGUAUUUUCUAAAUAAAGUCAAACUUUUGUGUUUAAUGUAAUCUUCCUUAACUGUAGUCACUUAUCUUGUUUAAAAAAUAUUUUUUUAACAUUUUGAUAUUAAUUCACCCUACCCACUUUAAUUUUUAUUUUUAGUUAAAUUUUCUUUUGUGUUUUUUUUUCUUUUUCUACUAGUUCUCAUUCUGUUUAAUAUUGCUCUUCCCUGAUUGUGUCCUAAGAAACAUAUUUUGCCUGCCACUAAGCUGUUUCCUGUCACAUUUCAGAUAACUGAACUCAAAGUUUACAAAAUGACAACCAGGAGGGCCGCUAUCAAAGACUUGGAGGACAAGCUAAGGGCCACUCUGAAGGAUCUUGAGGCAUCAAGAACACUUUGUAAUCAGUUACUGCAGGAAAGGGAGGACAGUGAGGUGGAAGUGAAAAAUGUUGUCGACAAAAACACAGUCCUAAAAAAUGACCUGGCCGAGCUGCAUAUACAGCAUAUGGACCUUCUAGACCAACAUAACCAACUUCAGGCAUUUGUAUCAUCUUUUCAGGAAUGUAGUGAAACACAUGAACUUACUUUAAGACGUAUAACUGAACUCGAGCUUGAACUAAGUGAGGCCUACAACAAAAUAUCCUCAUAUGAGUCUGAUUUAGCUCGGGUGCAAACUUCUGACACCCUAAAUCGUUUCACUAAGUUGGUAGGAAGUACCACAGCUGUGGGCAGCUCUGCUGCAAUUAUAGACCUGACCGGUGAUGAUACCAUCACACAAUGUCCUUUAGUAUUGAGUAAAAAAAAAUUUAAAAAGUAUAUUAAGUAUAACAAAAUUAUUAGGAAGUGCCGUUUAGCAUUAAAAAAACAGAGUAGGGUAAAACACUGUGUUAAUCUUAGAAGAGAUAGGGUAAAGCUAGUCCAACAAUUAAAAACCUGUUCUCUUGAGCUAGAACAUUGCCAAGUUUCUCAUGACUUAGACAUAAAACAGUUGCAUGAACAAUUAAUUGUGAAAGAAAAUUUACUAUCUGAUAUUUUCAGGAAAUAUGAGGAAUCUCAACAUGAACUGAGUAUGCGCUUGUUGCAGGCUGGUAAGCUAGUGGAUCUGGUGAAAUACAGUGCAGAGAGAUAUGAGUCACUAACUAAUAAUCUUUCCUGUACCCGUGCUCACCCAAUCCCAAUCCCUGAACCCCGGCCUGUUACUACAUUACUAGACCCUCCUCAUACUGUUCCAAUCAUUCACAACACUAAGCAACACAAGUCAGUCUUAUUUACAGAUAAAUUUGGUAAAGGUUUAGGCUCAUAUAUUCAACACUCACUCCCACAAGAACAUAAUGUAACUAGUUAUUGCUACCCAAACCUACACUUCAACAACAUAAUAAACAAGAUAGUAAAUACACAGUUUGAUGCUAACACUACACUAGUUCUUUUGAUAGGCAACAGUCUUGAUGUAAUUAAAAGUGACAUUGCUUAUGGUAUCAACACCUUAUUAAAACUAAAUUUAAAAAACAUAAUGAUUUGUGCACUCCCAUAUUCUGACUGUUUUUCUGACACUCAAAAUAGUUAUGUUCAUACUCUGAACAAUUUCAUAUACACAUUGACAUGUUGUCAUAGGGACAAACUAUUAUUCUUUGACACUAACAAGUCUGUUAGUGAAUUUCAUUUGAGUAGGGAAAGCAUGUUUUUCCCUAAUAAAUAUAAAGAUAAUAUAGCUACAUUGAUAGCAUAUAAUAUUAACAUUGUCAUAGCCAACAAUAUGACAAAAUGUAGGAUAAGCGACGAGCCAGUAUUGACUAGUUAUUCUAACAAUACUGUGAUUGAUUGUUUAAACUAGGUUCUAAGACAAUAGAAAAGCGUAGCGAUAACCUCAUCCUAUUUCAUCAGAAUGUAAACCGUUUUUCUGGCAAAAUAUUAGACAUUGAACUUUUAACUGAUAAGUUUUCUAUAGAUAUAUUAUGUCUUUGUGAGACAUGGCUCAAGCCUGAGAAAAUGUUAUUUAAUAUCAAUAAUUUCAAGGUUGCUAGUGUAUUUAAUAGGGUAACUGCAGAGGGUGGGGGUACAUUGAUAUUGUGUAAAAAUAACUUAAAAUUUAAGGAUAGAAGCGACAUCACUUCGAGCUCUGUUAAUCGCCUGUGCGAGGUAGCAUGUGCAGAAAUAGGAAGUCAUUUAUUCUUAUGUGUAUAUAGACCACCAGCAAGUAACUUUUCAUUAUUUAUUACAAAUAUGGAGGAAAUACUUAGGAAGAUUUUUAAGUCAAAUAAACUAGUUUUCAUUUGCGGUGACUUUAACAUAGAUAUAUCUUCUGAAUCUUCUGAUAAAUAUCAACUGUUAUCUCUAUUUCAAUCUUUUAAUUUAAAACAUUUGUUUAAUGAACCCACUAGAAUUACACCAUCUUCAAGUUCAUGUUUAGACAAUAUUUUUACAAAUUGUGUGGUUCAGCAUUCUUCCAUUAUUGCUGGUGUGAGAUCGGAUCACUUGGGGCAGCUUGUUAGCUUUCCUGCUAAUAGAAACACUCCGUCAAACAUAGUAAUAAAAUACAGACAAUUAACAGACAGAACCUUAGAAACCUUUAAAAAUAAUGUUGUCAAUAAAUUAUGCAGUAGUUUUAAAUCAGAGGACUCGAAUACUAAAUUUAAUAAGUUAUUUAACACACUUUGUCUAGAAUUUAAUAAAUCAUGUCCUAUUAAGAAACUAAAAAUCGACAAUAAAUUAAAAUUCAACGAAUGGUGUACAAAAGGGAUUAGGAUAAGCAGAGAUGUAUUGUAUAACCUGUAUCGAGAAAAAUCAAUGACAUCUGAUAAAUCUUUUCAUGAUCAUGUACGGAACUACUCUAAGGUAUUCAAAAGUGUAUGUAUUCUUGCAAAGUCUAAAUCAAUUAGUGACAGAAUAACUAAAUCGGAUAAUAAAAUAAAAACCGUUUGGAAAAUAAUAAAUGCGGAAACGGGUCAAAUUAAAGUCCGGGAUACUGAACUAUCGUUAACGAUUAAUGAUGCAACUGUGUCGGAUAAUGUGCAGGUUGCUAACGCGUUUGAUAAUUUUUUCUCUAAUGUACCAGUAGAGGUUACUAAAUCACUUAACUCGUCCUCUACACUUGCAGAGGCAUUACUAAAACAAAAUUUUACUAAAGAAGUACCGGAUUUCGGAUUCCAUUACAUAACUUUUAAUACAGUAAAAAAAGCUUUCAAAAACCUUAAUUUAAAAAAAACGGAAGACUUAUGGGGAAUCUCUGUUAAAGCCCUGAGCUCCGUGAUUGACAAUAUUGCACCAAUACUCAGUCAAAUAUUUAACUCGUGUAUAGAUGAAGGCACCUUUCCUGAUUUGAUGAAACACAGUAAGGUCAUUCCAAUAUUUAAGUCAGGUUGUAAGAAAAAUCCGUCAAAUUACAGACCCAUUUCUAUUCUCCCGGCUCUAAGUAAAAUAUUCGAAAGGAUCAUGCUUGAUCAGAUGUUAAACCAUUUUAACUUAAACGAUAUACUGCACGACCGUCAAUUCGGCUUUACAAAGGGUAGGUCCACUACGGACGCAAGUGCGCGGUUAGUCACUCAGAUUUUGGAAGCCUGGGAGAGUUCGCAGGAUGCCGUCGGUAUAUUCUGUGAUCUCUCCAAGGCGUUUGAUUGUGUGGACCACGAUACACUCAUUUCUAAGCUGAGACACUACGGCAUUCGUGGAAAAUCUCUUGAACUUGUCCGGUCUUAUCUAUCCAACAGACAGCAAAAAGUGGAUGUCUGCGGCUCAACAUCUUCGGGGACAGUUGUAAAAAUGGGCGUGCCUCAAGGCUCUAUACUGGGUCCAUUUCUGUUCCUAGCUUAUAUAAAUGAC